AUGACUGCCAAGCGCGGACGUGAUGGGCUUGCCUCUGGGAUGUGCAGAGAAUUCCCCCAAACUCACACUACCACUGGAGCCAGCACGGUGCUCCCGGAGAACACCUGUUUACGAGGACCCCACGUGCAAACGCUCCUGGAGGACGGCAGAGGUCCUGCUGCAGGCAGAGCCGGGCCCCAGGGCACCCACAGCGCAGACGGGUCGCUGGUCACGACCCCGCGCUGCGGUUCUGCAAAAUGUUACCCUGGGGGGGCGGGCUUCUCCAACGUUCAGAUCCGCACGGCCGCACCCAUCACGCCUCCUGGGCUCCGGGAUGCGCCUGUAGCGGAGGACAAGGCGCUGCCACUGGGUUCAGAUGGACGAGUGCCCAGCCUUCUCUCCAGCCAGGAGCCUUGGACCACGGCCUCGGGGCCUACGCCGCCGACCUCACAGGACGGAGCUGUGGAGAGACCCGAGAGAGCAGGAGGCCUGCCCAAGGCCGCACAGCCAGCUCCAGUCAGGGCAGCGAGAGCGGCGACGGCGGGCCAGCGCUCCGGGCCAGUAGGGACCCCGGAACUGCCGGCCGGGCCGCCAGCGGGACCGGGCCGUUCGCGCUGGGCAGAUCGCCGACCUCGAGCCAAGCGUGCCCCCGCGCCGCCUCAGAUCGCCGUCACCGGCGAGCCUCGCGGUCCGGAAGGGGGAACGACACCCACCGCUCGCAGCCGCAUAGGCUGGUGGGGCUCGGACUCUGCAGGCGGUGCCAGGGCUGCUCACGCGCCGUUUGCUGGCUCGCCGCGGAAACGCACCCGGGAGCUCGGAGCCGCGCGGCGGCCGGCAGACUGUCGCGUGGGCGCUGAGGCGCCACCUCCUUUGAGGGAAGAGCGCGGCCUGACGGCCGGGGCCUCCCGCCCUUGUCCCGCCCGGCCGCGCUCAGGCGCCGGCCUCAGCGUGGCCCGGGAGCUCCGCACGCUUCGGCGCGCGGCGUUUGUGCGGCUGUCCCCUGGGGACGCCGGGACUGGGGGCUCGCGGCCCGGGGUUGGGACUCCUGCUGCGCGCACCGCCCCCGAAUCAGUCCGGACCCCGGGACCCCCCAAGCCCUCUGCACCCCAAGACCUCGCUCACCCUGGGGCCCUCCGAGCCCCACGAAUCUCGGGACCCUUGUGCCCCGAGAGCUCUGCGCACCCUGGGAUCUCCGUGAGCCCCGGGAGCCCUGCUGCCCAGGAGUCCGGGUCCCCGAGAGCCUGCGGGCCCCGUGCAUUCCGCCCGCCCUUCGGCGACCUUGGGUGCCGCCUUUGCAAGCUGCCUCCUCCCAGCGCCCAGACCUGCGCCUGA